AUGGGUCCGGUGUCGCUAGAGGAAGCACUCAGCCAGGCCAUCCGCCAGGAUGUAAAUCUAGUGGUAAGACAUGUCGUUGGUGCUCCAACCCCAUGUCCACCGAUCUUCUCACCUCCCGUAGGUGAGCCUGUUGAGGCAACAAUAUGCAAGCAGCAUUUCCUGGCUGUCUCAAUUAAUACAGGCCAUGAGAAGGAGAUAGACCCAGAUCAACACACAGAGGGUGACAAUAGCUCUGAUGCUAAUGAGCUGCUUGUCUUUGCAAUUGAGGUCUUGGUAUACACAACAGACAAGUUAUCAACUCUCUUUGUGUCUAAAGCUGAUUCCACUGGCUAUCUGUCUCUCCUGAAUCGUGAUCCAGACUCACCAGCAGCAUACUCAUUGACUAGGAAUGUCUUGAGUGUAUUUUUAUAUUAUCUUGUGCGCAUUUACCAGAGACCUGAUGUUAACCUUGUUCUCUCCCUAUUUGCGCGAGCUCAGGACCAAUACCUCUUCCCAGGCAGCUCAGAAAACAAGGGGAAACACAUACUGGAUGAUCGAGGCUUGAUAAAGUGGUGGUGCCGUGUGAUUGAUCCCGUCAUGCAGUGCAUAGAGCUGGAAGGUAGCGAUACUGGACCCAGGCCUCCUACCGCUACCUCAUCCCCUGCUUGCGGACAAUCAGUUACAUCUCAUCUCAUUGUUCCCGGCUGCGAUACAUUCGAAACAAGGAACUUCCUUCCAAAGAAUGAGAGGGCCAAUAAUGGUGCUGGAGGUCGCUGGAGACUCAAUUACCCCCUUCACCAAAUCUGCUCUUACCCCGAUGCGCCCCCACGGUGUCUAGUCCCUCGGUUCCCUGACGACCCGAAAGCGCGGUUCCUUAUUGACCUCGACGAUGAGAUAACUGAGGAGGAUCCCCCACACGGCCUGAAAAACUCAGGACAAUGGCAUAGUGUGAAGUCUCUUGAUCAGUUUUGGGAAAUGAUGUCCUAUCGACAGGAAUGUUCAGCUGGGAGGCUAGUUGGGUUUCUUUGGAUGAUUGUCAAGCCACUACCCGCCACCAUUGAGACGGCAGUAGAAAAACCACCUACCACAACCGAUUCAGCUGCCAAGGAUCAACCCCCGAAUGGCGAAGAGGAAGAGACAAAGGGGAAGAGCGCUGCCGAACGCUCGUUGGAAGCCCCCGAAAACGAUCGAGACGGCUCGAUAAUUCCCAUCAGCAACAGCGACUAUAAAGGUCUCUCAGAUUAUCUCCUUGACCUUGAUUUUUCUAACCAGCACGACGCGACUAUCAACACAAAACUAUGGGUUGAAGAGCUCUCUUCUUUAACGGGGUGCCCCAAGGAAGGCUUGAGAAUUACAGGGAAGGGACCCUUAACCGGACCACCGCCAACAACCUCGACUUCGUCUACUGGAGAGUCAGCCGUGGCCACGAAUCUACUUAGUGGUGGAAUAAUACGGAAACGAAAGAGGCAGCCCAGCAUCAUCUUGCCUACCCCGGGCGAAAGUACGACCGCGUCUUCUCACGAUAGCUCAACAUCUCAGCAGGAGCAACAAGGCUCAGAAGCAGUUGGUCUUGAUCCAAAAAUACUGUCCCAGGAACAGUCAGCGCCAAUCGCACCCGUCGUGAAUGUUUUAAGCGGCACUUUAAUACGAAAGAAGAGGAAGUGA